CAACAGUGGAGACGCAUAGAGCACCAGUCUCCUACAUCUUCUUCUCCCCCCGACACAGCAGCACUUGGCACGUGGGGGGUUCUUCAUGCCACACUCACAAAUCCACAAUCCAAACCCUGAAACCCAAGUUACUACAGCCAGAGAAGGGGGAGGGUUAUCUACUGCUCUCUGGACCCCCAUGAGCUGGCUUGGACCAUGGAGCUGCACUGUCUUCCCACUGAGACCCCCACCACAGCCAGCUCCUGCUCCACAGACCCUGCGUACGACAACUGCCCGCCUUUCGGCCAGCGAGAGAAGGCCAGGGAGAAGGAAAUGGAGAGUAGGGUUGUGUGUCCUCUAAUAAGGAGACCCCCAGGACCCAGCAGCCCUCUGCUCGGUUCAGUCCCAGCUCUGACUGAAGUUCAGACAGUGCUCGUUGGUGGAAGAGACCCUGGACCAUGGCCAGAUCGGAGCCACUGCAGCUGCAGGGUCAGCCUGGGAGGACCGGCCUGGGAAUCAGAGCUGAGACCAACCUUGAGCAAAGCAAAGGGACAACGGGGAGUUUGCUGUAGAGUAGAAGAGGGGGGUCAUCUGAGCCAAAGCCCCAGUCCACAGAGUGAGGAGCAUCAGAGUGCUUUGUCUCUUUACGAUAACCUCACUGACACUGGAAUCACUGGGAGCCUUCAGGACGUCUUCGGCAUGGAGACAAGCCUCCUGGAGCACACCUACGAAGCAGCUGUCCCUGAAGAACUGCUGCAGGAUGACGCUGCGAGCGAAGACAACAGCACCUGGUCGUCUUGUGAAAUCAUCCUAUGCAGGCCCGACCAGGACAAGGAGCAAGAACAGGAGCCAGAGCUGGACUCAGGAUCCUGGAAUUUGGUUCAGACGGACCAUGUCACGGCAGGUUCCACACAGCCGUACCACCCUGCAUCCCAGGUCCUGUGGCCUCCUGUUGAAACUGAGCCAUCGUCCUCUCUAAGGGUGCCCCCUCCGGUGCCCCUCGCCGAUCCCUCUGCCAGUGCUCUUCGAAGCAUCCUCACCAACCUCCAGCAGCAGAUCAUCAGGCAGAAGGAGGAGUACGAGGCUCGGAUAAUCAGCCUGGAGCAGAGAAACGAGGAGCUGCAGGUGGAGGUUGUUCGACUGAAAACGAACCUCUCGCAGCAGCGGCACUGGUACGAAGUGGUCCAGGCAAAGAUCGUGGAGUCCGAGAGGGCCCGGGCUGCUGCGGAGCUGCGCAACGCCACGCUGCAGAGAGAGAUGGAGCAGUUCUUCGACACGUUCGGCGAGCUCAACAACGAGGCCAAGAAGACCGAAUGCAUCGUUAAGAGCUUCUGAGAAACUUGGUGUCUGAUGACGUCUUAAAAUCUAGUCUUUUAUCGUUGUACGUCACAAAGUUAAUCAUUUUCUUUACAGUUAAAAAAAACCUCAUGAAAUAAACUGCAUUUAAAGAAGACCACCAAAGAAUCACUGAUGUCCACUUUAUUAGUUUGAAUAUGGGGAAAUGUUGGCCAAGUGAUAAUAUUGUGGUCAUGAUCAUCACACGGGACAUCUCUGAGGGUUUGCAGAACAACUUGGCCACUCGUCAGGAUUUUUUUUUUUAAAGGCAUGACAGAAAGAAUAAAGUCAUGGUUGUG